AUGCCAAGCUCGACGAGCGGCGGCAGAUCUAGCACCAUCGCGACAGCUGCUUUCUCUACGCCUUCGACGUCCACGACCCACCAUGCCGGGCCAGGUAGCAGACGGGUCUUUUCAUCGCGGAAUGCUGCGGGCCAGACUAAGCCAGACAGCGCGAAUGCGAGCACUGUGGAGCCUCAGGCUCCCAUCACGGCUUCCUCCGCGGCCUCUCCGAAUAUAGGUGCUUCACCUGAGCGUCCCACUCGACGCGCGCCUCUUGCGGCCGCAGCUCCGGUCUCCCGCUCGCCGUCUUCUUCUCGAAAUGCUCUGGAGCGCAGAAGAUCCAAAGCUGGCACUCGGUCUGGUACCUCAUCCUCAACUUCAUCCACAGCAUACACACCAUAUAGUCAACAGCACCACCGCAGCAUGUCCGUCCAGUCGCAGGCUUCUUCGAGCACCGCUACAGACGGCGCGUCCUCAUCAGGCCGGGAUAGCCUGCUCUACCGCAAGGCAUCUUCUCGAGCCACCGCAACUGAUGGCAGCGAUUCGCUGGGCAGCUUGCAUCGCAGUCGCAGCUCGGCGAGCACGAUACCCACGAGCCCAGACACGGAGCCUCUGGUCGUCAUCAGCAAACAAGCAGCGACCGAGGCUGGUAUAUUACUAUCAGGUGCAACAGGAGAAGCUCAAGAUACUGCGCCGAUGGUGACGAAAUCCAUGCAUGGCGGGAUGGCUGACCUGAAUCACCGGAACAAGCCGCUGCCUGUCCCGGGCGUUGCAAAUCGCGAGGGCUCAGAAGCGCUCUUGACGCCGCAGGAUGCAUAUUCGCACUCUAUUCGAAGUGCUGCCGCCGAUGAGAGUGUGAACAGUAUUCCCUCUUCGUCCAGUGCAGCCGUCGCGCCCAAGUCGCCGACGAUGUCAUCUCGGUCGACGCUCCGAUCAGCCCUCAUCUCUGGCGGCAAGUACCUCAAGACGAAUCAGCUUUGGGGUCAGCCUAGCACUCGACAGGCUCGAGCUGGCGCUCAACCUCCCUCGUCCGAAAGCGAUACCCACUCGAGUCCUAUCCAACCGUCCCCAUCUGCAUCAACGUCCAAUGUCAGCGAUGCUGGGGGAUCUGCCACAAGCAGCAAAGAGGCUACGGCAAGUUCUCAUCCCCCUCGCUCCCAUUCACCCUUCCUCUUCAAGCGCAUGUCCAAGUCCAAUUUGCAUGGGACGUCGCCGGCGAAGAGCAUGGCGGCGAAGUCUGCGUCUACCACCGCCGUCGAUACCUCGACUCCUUCCUACUUUUCUCUCAGGCGUGGCUCUCGCGCGCGUCAGGAGCUUACGGGCGUGGCUCAUGAAGUGGAAGUCGGCGAGGCUGUCACAGCUCCUCGAUUGCAACAAGCAGCUAGCGAAGGUGUCACUGAGACAUCGCAAGCCCCCACGAGUGCUCCGGAACCUCUGCCUUCACUACCUCUUCCCAGCAUCUCGAGGAGCCCACCUUCAACGGAUCUCGCCACCUUCAUGACGCCAUUCACGGCGCCACCUCUUGCUAGGCCUCCGCUGACACGGACGCGGUCAAAAAGCGUCGGCGAGGUCGAAGGUCACCUAAGCGGUGGCGCUAUGCCUGCGGCUGCGGCCGACCUGUCUCCCACCAGCGUAGAUGUACCUCUGCCCGAAGCCAGUCAGCUUGAUUGGUUCCACCUCCCACCCAUCGAGACCUCGCAGCAGUCUUUUAUGGGCUCUGGCAUGGAUCGUCAAGCCUCGUCGCGGCGUGCUCCCUCCUCAUUCAAGUGGACACGCGUGCUGAGUAAGAAAGGCAGUAUGUCAGGCAAGCCAUCAGCUGCCUGCGACUGCGACGAAGAGCAGCCGCCGCCGCUUCCUCCUCCGCUUCACGCUCGUACGAGCAUCGAGAGCCGGCGCGUGGCUAGCCCACGAGGCUCGAACGUGUCCAAGCAGAGCUCAAAGACGGUCAAGCAGGAGCGAGGCGACGUCGACUUAGCAAGGCUACGCAAAGCGAGUGCAGCUUCUGCUCGCUCUCAGGAGACGAGCCCUCGCAUGAUCCGCAAACAGUCUCGCAAGGGCCAAAAUGAGGGUACGCAAGUGUACGUUGCGCCCAAGGCAGCAGCCAGCACAAGCUCUGUCAGGAGCAAAAGUAGCGCUGCCGGUCCAAGUGGCCAUCGCAAGACAUCCUCGGGAUCUGUCAACGCUUCUUCGCCUCUCUCGCCGAAUCUAGCGCAGCUUUGGUCGACGGCUGUCAGGAUGGGCGAGCCCGUUGACUUCGUCGAUGGUGGAGAAGACAGUAUCGAUGAGGUCGAGCGAAUGUUGCCCCCGCCGCUAUUGUCCAACACAUCUGUGCCUCUCCCUCCAACUUCAGACGGGCCGAGUCCCAGGGAUCAGAGUGCAAACCCCCAGCUCCGGCCCCCCAUCGCCCCGCUUGCCACAACCUCAGACAGCAGCAGUACAUCGCCCAGAAGCAACUCAGAUCGCUCAGACAGCUCGUUGCACGCAUCAACAUCAACUCGCAAGACUCCAGGGCGCUCUACCUUCACGCGAACUCUUGCUACCGUCUUCGACCCCCGGCCAUCUGUUGCUGGUCGAAAUGACUACACCCCACCGCGACCUACUUCACCCCCCAUGCCACUCCCGCCUCGCUCAGUAUCUUCCAUGAGCGGCCUUAUCACGCGACGUAUCGGUGCCACUCCUCGUGGUACGUCCAAGACGCUGAAUGCUGGAGUCACGCCAACUCGAGGUGCUGCGCCUGUCCCAUCUCCAAGGACUUCUUCGGCGAAGCUGUCAUCAUCGAGGGCGCAAGCAUCCUUGGCCGCUGAUCCCAGCCCAUCACCUUCCAGGGGCGGACCUUUUGGCCGACGUAGCCUCGAUCUGAUGUCGAACAUCCCUACACCGCCGCGCCGCAUCGAGUCUUCAACGGUCGACUCGCCGUACGCGAUCAUCCAGGGCGGUUCGACUGCGGUAAAAAGAGUGGCGCGCGGUCGUCCGACUGCACCAGCCCAGACACGGACCCAUGUCGCCCCCAGAGAGAAGACAGCGUCAACGAUCCUUCCCAGGACUGGUACAGCAGCAUCUUCCCAGCAGGCUCGCGCUGCGAAUGGCUACCUGCCGCCCUUGUCAUCGAGGAGGAUUGAGAGUGAGCAGCCUGACUCACCAGACCGCUCCAUCCCGCCGCGAAGCUCGUCGCAGCCUGGCGGUCUCAAGAGCAGCAAGUCGACCCGGCAAGAAUCCCCUGUCCUGGCGAAGAAACCAGCUCCUUCGCUUCGAAAUCCGGCCGCAGCUUCGAAGCUGUCUCCGGGAGCACUCAAGAUCGAUACCUCCGUGGCUAGUGCACCUCGCCAGCGUAUGCCACGCCCUUCGUCCUCGCUGGGAGUGUAUGGUCUCGACAGUGAUGCGCCCACGAUGCGUCGGCUAAAUCGCCCACACUUGCAAGAUUUGGACGACAAAGCUUUCCUGGAGAUGCUCGAGGGGGCGAGAAGGCAACACAAUGAGCAAGCAGCAAAGGAUGCAGAGAAGGCAGAGAAGAUCACGCGGAUGGCGCAGAUGGGGAUGGCUACGGGAUACAAGGCGUCGAGAGAUGUCAGUGGCAGGGAGAACACUGAGCAUGCUGUGACUUCAGCACGGCCAGGUGCGAGUGGGUCUGGCGACGUCACUUCGAGGCGAGGACGAGCGGUUAGCAAUCCUCGCUCGUCGACCUCUCGCAGAUCAUCCAGCGCCGACGGUCGUCUGGGGGGCAAGACUCACGCCGAGGUCCGUCACGAGGUCAGGGGUGCCAGUCAGGGCGAUCCUGCCGCCAUGCAAGCUCUGGCUGGCGGCAACAGCUUUGACAGUGGAUUGCACGCGCCUCUGGCGCUCACUGCAGCUCUGUCCCAGCCUCAUCCGCCUGGCUCCAUCGCCCUCGUCGCGGCCAAUGUCGGCCAUGCUAGCGGCCAGCCUCAGCUGCACAACGCAUUUGCCAACGAUGACGACUGGAAGAGGGAGGUGCGUGCACUGUUCAUCAUUCGAGAGCUCCUCGCCACUGAGAAGAGCUACGCGCGCCACCUUGAGAGCUUGUUGCAGGCUGUGCGAAAGAAAGCUAUUGCGCCGUCGUCCUCCUCGGCCUCGCCUUCCACCACCUUCUCUGCAGCCCAUGGCAAUCGCAGCGGCAACGGACCUACGAUAGCCAAACGUAAAUCGGUCGUAGGCCUCUCAAGCGUCACGUCAACGGUUAAGUCGUCAUCCUCCAACUCUCCCUCAUCUGGCUCUACGGCAACAGCUGUACCGAUUGAUCGCCAUCUUCCCUUGAUGCGCAACCUUCUUCCUCAACUCAUCGCUCUCAGUCGCACGCUCUCGUCACGCAUCGACUCCAACCCAACAGCAUCUGGCGUGGGAGCCGCCUUCGCCAUCGUUGCUCCUCAGCUGGAAGCCACCUUCGUCGCAUGGAGUACGGCAGCCAAUGAGAUCAUGGCCGGGCUGCGACACGCGCAGGGGCCGAGGGGGAAAGCGAAGGAUCGACUCGUGCUCACAUUGGCGCCGUAUGAUUCCACGGAAGCGCAUGGUGUCUCUGCAGACUCUGCCGCAGCGUCGUCGCCAAGCUCAUCCAGAGGCGUGUCACACCGUUUCAGCAAAUCGAUGGACGCCCACGCCCUCACACGCCCUUCAAGUCCAGAGCUACGGGGAGGUUCAACGAGGGUGAGCGUGGAUUGCCCUCCUGCAUUUGCAGCCACCUCAGUCGAUGCUGAGCUGGGUGUAGCCGGCAAAAAAGUGUCCAAGAGGCGCAGCACGAUCAGCAGCGUGCAUCCUCGCAACUUUACCAAGUCGAAAGCAUCGACCAGUGGCUCUGCGGACGCUCUGGGCGGAGACAGGAUCGACGUCAAUGGCAGGUCCAUCAGUCGCAAAGGCUCUCUUGACGCGCUCAACAGCCAAAGUGUAUCCGGCCCUCCUCCAUCCCCCUCAUCGCGAAUUGCGAUGGGUAGCGACGUGAGCCCCAUCGCACCAGCAUCGCAGCCUCCCUCCCGCUCCGCUUCGCCCUGGGGCUUCGCUUCGACCCGACGCAGUCUGGCCGCUGCUGCUAGCAAGCGUCUAUCGUCGUCCAUGUCAACCAUUGACGUCCCAGCCACAUUCGUCGAGCAGUCGCCCAGCGGCGGUAUUGCAGCUGCGUCAGCAAAAGCGCUCUCCCCACUCGACGUGGCCAUCAUGCCCCUGCAGCGCCCGCCGCGCUACCUUCUCCUGCUUGCCGAGCUGGUGCGCAAUACGCCUGCCAGCUCAUUGAGCCAUGCGAGGGUCACAAGGAGCUUGGAGGCGAUGCGCGGGAUCGCAGCAAAGUGCGAUGUGGCUGCGGCUGCUACAGCCGCGCAGGAGAAGACCACGACGACUGGUGGAACCAGGAAGGGGAGCGGAACCGUGUCGUCCACCGCUGUGUCACGAUCGACUACUCCAAGCGCGGGAGCUUCACCCACUGCGCCGAAGAGAACAGGACCUUCGACAUUGUAUCGCUGA